GUCAGCAAUAGUGUAAUACGAGGGGUUUGUGUAGUUACCGGAGUAGGGUUGCCUUUGUUGCCAGCCAGCCUGUAGAUUAGAGAUUACUGUCGACAGCCAACAACAAAGGCUGGAUACACGCUCAGCAGACGCAAUUAGCGCUCAAUUUUGACUAAAGAAGGGUCAUUUGCAUCUUUGCGUUGGAAGAAAAGAAAUCUACAGCACUACAAAACAAACAGACACAAAGAUGGCCGCCAUCCGACAACGGCACACGUUCAUCGUGCACGACAGUUUCCGGGACACGCCCGAGACACUGAGUCUCACGCCCGAGAGUCUGGAGAUGAAGACCGUGCCGGGCGCGCGGCAGGACCGGUAUAUUGUCUCGAAGCAGCUUGUUAAGGAAAAGGAGAUUCUGGAUAGUUUGGAAAGCGUGCGGAUUGAGAUUGGGUCGAGUGAGAAUUACGCUCAUUUGUCGCCGUUCGACCGGACAAUACAGUGGGGAACUCACAUCACUGUUGUUCCCGUGGAAGGGUUUGAUUGGAAUCAAUUUUGCAAGUUUGUCAAUUCGGCAAUUAGCCCCUCGAUCCCGUGUAUCGGCCAAGACUCGUUCAUAAGCCUGCCGUUCGGAUACUAUCUGUACUCAACCUCGACCGAUCUCGCGCCUCUGAUUUCUUAUCUGGAAACAACAUACCCGGCGCUCGAUCUCAAGAAAGACGAUGAAGCAUCGACGGCCGCGAUUGCCGAUCCCUCGGACCUGCUGACAGCAAGCAGCAUAAGUAUCUCCUUCUCGAAAGCAGAGGACACAGUGCGGAAAUACAAAGGACGGUUGGUGACCGAGAUAUAUUGGCAAUUCGGAACUUGGUCAAAGACAAUAACCCCAGGUCUCGAUGAGGAGAAUCACAAGGUUGAAGUGGGGUUUUUGGGGAAGAUCAAGGAUGAUCCGGAAGGUGACGUUGCAUUUGGCGGCAUUCUGGCGGUUAUUGGCGAGAACUCGCAGUUUGUGCCGACGCUUUUCGACUUUGCGCCUCGACAUAGAGGGGUGCAGGGCACAGCAGUCUACAGUCCCUAUUUCCGAACUCCGUACGGUCUCCACCCCAAGCACGUGGUCUCCAUCUACGGCGACCUGAACGUGCCGCGGACGAUGUCGCACAAUUACGUCCAGGACGAGGAAACUGGCGAGUUUGAGGAUACGAUGGAGAGUGCUACAUGCGGUCUGUACGGAUACUAUAUAUUACCGAGCUUUAUUUUCGUGGACAAGUACCAGAUCGCGGACCUGGCAGACGCACAGGCAGGCGGGGUGAAGAGAGUUGUCGGGAUCUGGGGUGAGACCGAUCUUGAGAUUCCGGUGUGGAUGGUAGAUAAGUGGGGAAGCACGAUGCUGCUGGAGCUGAUCCCACCGUCGGGAGAGGAUCUGGAAGCUUUCACGCAGCAGGUCGAUAUCGAGAUCCCGAUGCACUCGCGAUACGAAGUGCCUGACUGGAAUACGACCGCUGUCGUGCACGAUAUGCCAUGGCCGCUGAUAUUCUGGGCCUGCGACGGCUCGGACGAGAAUUCAAUGACCAUGGGACCGUUCGACAACAACGGUCUCGGCCUGGAAAAGUACUUUGACCCCGGCACAUCGUUCCACUACUUGACGCCAAACAUGACAAUCAGCUCGCCGGACGCGCACACAGAGCUGAUCACAGAGCUGAGCAUACCGGUCGUGCCGCUCGAGUCUUACAAGUACGUGCAGCCUUGGACUGUGGUUGUGAUUUUGGUGGGAUGUUUUUGGAUUAUUUACAAGGCUAUUUGUGGGUAUGUACGAGACGGCGGGAUCAGGAAGAAAGUGGAAGGAGUGGCGCCGGCUAGUCAAGAGGAAGUGGAAAAGAAGAAGCAGGAGCCAAAGUCGGAGUAGGAGGUUGCAGAUAUCUCAGGUG